AUGCCUGAAGCCUUUAUGUCUUACCACACAAGCGUAAACGUUCAUUUCCUUUUCCAGCGCUUUGCCAAGCAGUCGUCAGCGUUUGCGAAACUCGCUAAGAACGAAGACAAGUUCGAUAACCAGCUGGAUGAUGAGCUGCGGCAGAAAGAAAACAAACCUAAAAACAAGUGCCAGAAGUUCCGCCACAAGGGAAAGCAUGCUCUUCAUUCACGAAUUGUCCUCGUUGUUGUCGUCUUCCUCUGCGUCGUUGACUGCAUUCUGGUCAUUGGAGAACUCAUUCUGGACAUGCACGCCAUUAAAGAGGCAGCAGGUGGAAGCCAUGGAGAUUCGCACGAUAGCGGAGUAACACAUGGCAACGGAACCGAUGUGAAUCACUACGAGCCUGCUUUGGUAGAUCAUCAUGGGGAGAAAGGACACGAGGCCAACCCAGCAUACAACUCCUCCAGGCAUCGGCGAUCUGACAGCAAAGCUCACGGUGAUGGGCACGACAGGGUCGCUAACGGGGACCACGGAAAUACAGGGGACCAUGUGGAAAUCAAUCAUGGAGAAGGCAGCCAUGGAGGAGGCCAUGCAGGAAACCACGGCGAUGGUCACCAUGCACAUUCCAUUGAGCAGCAAGUUGCGCACGCCUUUCAUUUUGCCAGCAUUACUAUACUAGGAAUUCUUAUGGUAGAGACUUUGUUUAAGAUAUUCUUUGAAGGAAGAGAAUUCCUGAAUAAAAAGAUUGAGAUGUUCGACGCCUUCGUAGUCAUUGUUUCCUUUAUAAUUGAUCUGGCUUUCCUUGAAGGAAUAACGACACUUCCGCUCCAGGAGUCUGCUUACAUACUUAGCUUCAUUUUACCCUGGAGGGUGAUUCGAGUCGUGAAUAGUUUGGUUGUGGCCGUCUUGGAUCAUGAACAUUUCAAGCUCCUACUGGUGUACAAGUCUAAAAAGUACCUGAAAAAGCAAAUGGACGAAAUGCAAGAGGAUAUACAUGUGAUUCGAAAACAACUUCAUGCCGUCAAAGCCUUGUGCAUUGAAGCUGGGACAGAGGAAUGGAUUGUUAAUCAGACAAUUGUUCGCAUCGCCGGUCAGUUCCAAAAAAAGCAAAAACAUGCGUUGUCGUCGUUUGCAAGUCUCACAGCUGGAGCGGUCAUCGACGAGAAGAGGAGUUUCAGAGCGAGUAAGAAAAGGAAUGUUGAAAAGGACAUUAACAUAAACAACGAAGCCAAGAAGCUAAUGCAUAUACACAAAGGCAUCGCAUCGGGUGGUGACGAUGAAACGCCUAAAAGUUCUCGAAAAUCAAACGGUGGAGGUUACAAUGUGGUCGAUGAAAAGAAAAAUGGCAAGUUUUCACAGCAGAAAGGCGAUGCACCGUCUAGCGCUACACGGCCUUUGUCGUUCACUCCUACGGAUGAAGAUGGUUUGGAGUUUGCUGAUGAUGCCUGA